AUGACUGCCGUCUCUCCUCCCCUCGUCCCCCGGGAGGUUGACUUCAUCUCCACCGAGGAGCUCAUGGCCAUGACUCCUAUGCAACUUCGAACCCUCGUCAUGAGGAGCGGCAUCCUCGAGUCGAGAAAGGGCCCUUGGUCCCCCGAGGAGAGCCACCGCCUGAUUACGCUGGUGCGGUUGAUGGGCCCCCAGGACUGGGUCAGCAUCGCCUCGUACAUGGCUUCUCGCAACGCAAAGCAGUGCCGCGAGAGAUACCACCAGAACCUCGACCCGUCUCUGCGGCACGACCCCAUCUCCGAAGACGAGGCCCGCCACAUCAUGGACCUGUACGCAAAGUACGGCACGGCAUGGGCCCGCAUCGCUGAGCAUCUCCCGGGACGCAGCGACAACGCCAUCAAGAACUACGUCAACGGCCUCGUCAACAAGACCAGACGGGCCGAGGAGCGCCAGGCAGGCCAUCAUGCCAGUGCCAGGAGACGGGGUUCUGGGCAGUCUACCCUCUCUGGUGCUUCUCCCUCAGCCCCAGUGUCCGCCGUUAUCGCUUCGUCUUCUUCCCCAGGCGGCAUGGUCCUUACUCCGUCAUCAUUCGGUUCCCAAGCACUGGAAUCGCCAACCUUUUCCGACAUGACCGACUCGGACGGCAUCAACAACUACACUUUGGCAUCGACUUCCCCCUGGGGCCAGUCUCCGGCAGCAGUGCCUCACGCAUCUCCUGCUCAUCAUCCCACACACUACCACCAACAGGCCCACGAGGCGUCCGUCUUUGGACAGAAUGGCCAUGGCUACAUCCAUCAGCACGAUGGCCAGCGUCCCGUGUCUGGCUCCUCUGACUCGUGGUCCUUUCUGGGCUCGGCCUCUCAGUAUGCCAGCACGGACCUUGCCCGAUACUCCAUCUCGGGCCCAGCUUCACGAGAGCUUACGAGAGACUUGAUGAUGCAAAACCAUGAACUGCCCAGGAUCCAGCCUCCGUGGGCAGAAAACCAAAUGUCGCGCACGGCAAUCAUGCCGUCUCCAGAGCAGAGUGUCGCCGUCCCACCAGGUCACCAGGUCGACCCGAGGAUGGCCAUUGCGAACCUGUUGGUGUAG